AUGGCUACCUCUACUUAUGAUUAUUUUUGGCAAUUAGCAUCAUUGGAUGCUGAAGAACGUCUGAUAGCAGCUAACGGACUAAUUACUCAUUUACAUAAAUUAUAUCAGGAAUUUAUAAGUUCCAAUAAAAAUUUAUCUAAAAUUAAUGAUACCAAAGAUUUCUUGGGAGGACUUGCUAGUCCGCGAGCAGCAGCUCGGCAUGGUUUUGCUUUAGCAUUUACAGAGCUUCUUGCCAGUUUUGAGUUCUUUACAUUCAAAAUGAUUCUUCCAUUAAUUGAUGAUGCCUGUCCAAUAUCUUCUUCGAAGGAUAAGGAAGGAUCUGAUGUAAUUUUUGGACGUGUUUUCGGCUUCGCGUCAGUCGUAAGAUCAGGUAUUCUUUGGCGUAAAGCAUCGUCCUACGAUGACUAUUGCGAAGUGAUCAAUGGUUUACUGGCUUGUGCAAAUAGUAAACCAUAUGUUAGGGAAACAUGCUAUCAAGUUAUUAUUUCAACCAUACCUUUAUUGAAGGAAACAACAUUUGAGGAGAAGGCUAUUUCUCACCUUAUAACGGUUAUGAAUGAACGCAGUGGCGUGAGUGGUAUCAAUAACCCUGACGAUAUUAAUUUGGCUAUUGCUAUUGAAGCACAAUAUCCGGAUAUAAUACAAAGCAGUCAAUGGAUACGAGUUGUGGUUCAUAAUGGCGAUUCAUGUAUAGCGAAAUGGUACAAACCUCAUAUACUUCAUCCCGAAAAUUUAAAAAAGUUGGCAGAAGCUAUUCAGGCAAAGUCCAGUCAAUCUGCAGCUGAAAUUCAGCAGAAUCAAGAAAAUCGUAUUCAUUCUGUUUGGAAUACGAUUAUUCUUUGGCUUAUUUCUCCCCCCACCGAUAAACUUAGAAAACAAACAGUUGCUUUUGAAGAAUUUUGGAAGACGGCUGUUGAUGAAUGUCUUUUUGAUGAUGAUGCUACAUAUCAACGUAAAUUCUGGGGAUUUCAAUUAACUGAGAAGGCUCUUCAAAUAUGUCCGGAAGACAAAUUUUCUUCCUUAUUCACUUUUAACUUAAUGCGAACUUUGAUAAAUCAUUCCUACGAGAAAAACCGUUAUUUGCAUGAAGCUGCAAUGCACCUGUUAAAGAUUAUUGAGCAAGUCGCCGAGGAAAACCAGAGAAAGGCCUUGGUUAUUGUUAAAAAAUUUUUAGGUCAAAAUUGUGAUCGAGAUUUUGACAAAGUUAGCAAGACUUACACCGUCAGGAACAUAUUCCAUGUUAUUAACAAUAGUACAAUUGAGGAAUACGUUUUAUUUUUGAAAAAUAUUUUCUUACGACCUGACGAAUACUUGUUAAGUGAUAACGAUGUAACAAUACAACGACGUCAAUGGAUUAUAAACCAUUUAUAUUCACUUUUAAAAAAUCCUCACAUUAAUCGUCAUGAAGGCUGGUUAAGUCUAGUUUUAGAUCUUUUUCUUAUUUAUGGAUUUUACACAGCCAAAGAUUCAUUAUUAGAUGAUUUUUCAAAGGAUAAUAAGGCUACACAAGAGUGUUGUCGGUUAAGAUUUUUUCAUGCUCUUGGCGAGUUAAGUGCUUUUCGUUAUUUACUAAGUGAUGAUAAAACGGAGAAACCUAUACGUACUCGUAGUGGUUUUAUGAAAAAUGGUCAAACAUGGGCUUAUUAUGCUGUGUCUUUGAUGAAUAGAUUUGAUAACGACACUCAACUCGAGCCUUUAAUCAUUUUGAGCGAUGAAGCGCAGCAAUUGAAAAGCACAGUACUAAAACUGCUACACACAAUUAUAGACAAG